AUGGCCUGCCUCCCCCGUGCGGUCCGGGGCAUUUCUGCAGGGGUUUUCCUCUUAGGGCUUUGGGGUGUGACUCUCAGUGACAAGCUGCUGGUGGUCCCCCAGGAUGGAAGCCACUGGCUCAGUAUGAAGGGCAUAAUUGAGGUGCUUAGUGACAGGGGCCAUGACAUCGUGGUGCUGGUGCCAGAAGUCAAUUUGCUUCUGGAAGAGUCCAAACACUACACCAGGAAAAUCUAUGCGGUGCCCUAUGACCAGGAAGAGCUACAGAGACGCUUCCGUACCUUUGGGAACCGGCACUUCGCUGAGAGAUCGCUCCUGACUGCUCCCCUGGUGGAGUACAGGAAUAACAUGGUCGUCGUUGACCUGUGCUUCAUCAACUGCCAGAGCCUCCUGAGGGACUCGGCCACUCUGAGCUUCCUCCAGGAGAGCAAGUUCGACGCCCUGUUCACAGACCCGGCCAUGCCCUGCGGGGUGAUCCUGGCCGAGUUCCUGGGCCUGCCCUCCGUGUACCUCUUCAGGGGCUUCCCGUUUGCCCUGGAGCAUACGUUCAGCCGAAGCCCGAACCCCGUGUCCUAUAUCCCCAGGUGCUACACCCAGUUCUCAGACAGGAUGACUUUCUCCCAGCGGGUGGCCAACUUCCUUGUUAAUCAUUUGGAGAACCUCGUAUUUCACUUUCUAUUUUCAAAGUACGAAGACCUCGCAUCAGACCUCCUCAAGAGACAGGUACACUUACCCACCUUAUAUCAGAAGGGCUCCAUUUGGCUCUUGAGAUAUGACUUUGUGUUCGAGUAUCCCAGACCAGUCUUGCCCAACAUGGUCUUCAUUGGAGGGACCAACUGUAGGAAGAAAGGGGUCCUGUCUCAGGUGGGUGGCUUUAUUUCUUUGUGA